ACACUUUUCAAAUAUCGGGAAAACCCAGACGUGUAGAUCAGACGAGGGUUGGCACUACUGUAUAUUGCGUCCUCUGUGUGCUAGUCUGCCUUUCUUCUCUUAUUUUAAUCUUCAGGGAGUCACAAACAGCAAGUAUCACUUACAUAGUGAUGACAGACCUGAGCCUCCACUGACUCAUCUCACCUGGUGUUGACAAAUAUAAGAGCUGAGAGACUUGCUGUGUUGGUUCACUGUAAACACACUUAUAAACGGUGAAAACCAAGGAAAUCACACGAGCUUUCAGCAUUCCAUAAUGUUCAGCAACCAAAAACAUUUACAAGACCAGGGUGCAGUGGCAUCUCCAUCAAGGGAGGUAAUAUUAGCAUUCAGGAACAUUCACGGGGAACAUUUCCCACUUAUAAGGGCAAACAUCAGUGAAUUUUAAAUAAUGCCAGAAUCACAAUUUAAAAGUGAAAAUAACUUAUGAAGAAACAUAAAAUUGUUCCUAGUCAGUUUUAACAAAAGCUAUAUUCUAUUUUCUUGUUUUUUCCUUUUUUUAUACUUAAUUUAUGUAUUUUAUUUUUUCUCAGGCUUAAUCAAGACAACUUGAUUUCUGGUUGCUAGUAGAUCUUUAUCGUAUAGUAAUUAUACGAAUACAAAUUAAAUUAUGUUACCAUCCAAUUAGAUUUCUGAAAAAAAUAUUUAUGUAAAAUGUGAUAUUUUUGUAAAAUUAAUUGCUUUGUAAUUUAUUUCUUAACUGAUGACUAUUGAUGCACUUAAUUUUCUUUGCUGAAUUUGGACAUUACAAACAUGUCUUGUGACUCUCGUAUCCGAUCAGCUUCAACAGUCAGUUAAGAGCGAUGAAGCGGCUCCCAGACCAAGAAGGGUAGGGAAAUUGCAAGGCUCUCAAGAUUUUUUGGUUGUCUGUAUUUUGGAAUCUCUUAAUAUGUGUGACAGGAUGAAUUUACUCAUGUCGAAAAUAAAACAAAAAUCUAGCAAACCACCAUUCACUCUAGUGGGUGAGGUGGAAUGUCGUCUGUGUCAAUUUUCGCAAAAUGUAGGUUAACCUUAUUCUGGGAUGGGUUAUAAAUUUUUGGACUAUAUCUCAAGCACAAAAAUUAUGUCCUCCUGUUUCUUAAGUUCUACAGUUUUCAGGGAUUAUGGUUUAGACAAGUUGAAGUGUAAAAUAUUUUAACGCUGACUUAUUGAAAUAGCUCACUGAAUCCUCUUCUGUAUUUUUACAGUUUUAGUUCAAGUCAAACAUAUUUCCUUUAAACUUCAGAAAUCCUUGUAAAAUUGUAUUUUGUUUUAAUGUCAAACUCAGCGAUCUAUCGGUUUUAAAAACAAGAAAGAAAACAUGUCAUUAUUGCAAAUACACGUUGAAACUCCUAAACUGGAGAUUCAGUAAUACUCCUGCUCAAGGUAUUCAAUAGCAUUGCCAGCUACCUGUGUGUGUAUAUAUAUAAUUAUAUAUAUAUAAAACCAUGAAAUAUAAUAUGAGCAGUAAAAAGAGAGAUGAUAUAGAUUAAAAGCUCAUUUUGUACAGAUGGCACUUACUCCCAUUGAAAACCACAUGAACGUCCAGCCAUGUCCACGGUCUGUCAGCAAGAGGCAACACCCACAGGAGCAAGGUGCAAUUACAUCUACAUCAAGCGAGCUACAGGGCCAAGAGGAAGCGCCAUCUAGACAAAAAAGUGUAAGCGCACAGAGCAUGCAGGUGCUGUCGGAAGAAGGUCUGACACACAAUCUGAAGGCAAUGGCCAGGCUAAAGAUUAUGUGUUGGACAUAACUGCUAAAAUGUCUGCUCUGCACAUUGAUACAAGUUCCUCGGAACCAGCAUCCCUGAAAAAGAUUCUACAGAAGUAUGGAGCCGCUGUAGAGAUCGACACUAAGAUUGUGCAGGCAAAGAUACAUGGCAAUUCAACUCAGAUUGAGAAAACAAUCAAAUUCUUUCGGAAGAAAAUGAAUUAUAAGGGUCCAGUCUCAGAGCAAGAUUUCUGGAUACAGUGGGUCCAGGAAACGUUCCCUGAUUUUCACUCAGGACCCUGCUUUUUACCUCCUCUCUACUUCAGCCGCGUGCCGACGACCAGACAUUCAUUUGCCGGUCAGCCUUUAUCCGUCCUUUGGCCAGCAUCUGACCAGGCUGGUCAACCUGACCAAUCCGUGAAGAUUCCACGCACCGUUCCUCAGCCUCCCAAAGUUCAGGACAGUGACGUUAAGGACGAUGCAGCCAUGAAUCAUGUUCUGACCAGCUUGAAGAACAUGUUUCAACAAAAGAAAGAAGUUUUAGUUUUAAUGAGUAAUCUCCACUUUAAAGAUUACCUUACUGAGCGAUCUUCCACUGCUAAUAAGGACCAGCCUUACAUUCCCAUAAAAAAACGAGAGGUUGAUAUGCUUCUUAUUCAUCGAGAUUAUGGAUUUUUUGUUUUUGAGGUUAAGGCAUUUGGGGAGAAAGUAUUCAAAUUAAACAAAUUAACAAAGGAUACCAUCAAAAUAAGACUUGUCAAGGCCGUUGAACAGUUAAACUGCGCAACUGACAAUUUAAAGGAUGUGAGUUGGGACAUCACUCCCAACAUUCGUGUCAGAAAGACGAUUAUUCUUCCUAACCUCACGGCCAGUCAGGUACAGGCGACCAUCUUAGGAGAUCACGAUUUGUUGACAUGCCUUAGUGAGUGUCUGGAGACGGAAUCAUCGAACCCGGAGGACAUCGCGAGUCUUUGUCUGUGCUCUGACCAGUUGUCUGACGACAACAAUCUAGAGGACUGGUGGAGGCGACAAGUGGCUGGGGCGGGGACGGACAGUCAGAUGACGCAUCUUGGGUACACAGUGCUGACAGCCAGAUUCUGCGGACCGGCGACAGCAGUGACUGUACCAUGUGCAUCUUCUCCACGAAUUGGUGUCAAGACCCUGGGUCAGGCCGUGAAGUGUACAGGAGUUUGUUACUCUGAGAUCGGUCUUUUUCCGGAGCAAACCAAUCUGCUCAGUACGCGUCCUCCCAGACUCUUUGUAACAGGACCACCAGGUACAGGUAAAACCGUGGUGCUGCUCCUGAUGGGCACAGAAUGGUUGCAUCGGAGAGAAAAGGUUUAUAUUGUUAGUACAUGGAAAAAAAGUCUUCCAGUCUGCAUCAUGCUGAAACACCAUCUCAUCCAAUAUACUGUAGUGGAAAAUCAACUCAACCUCCUACAGUAUGACUUUGAAAAGAAAGAGAUGAGCAGAGCAGUGAACGAAUUGUCGCAGCUGGCAAAAGGAGGAAUAUUGUACGUCAUCGCUGAUGAAGCGGGCCCUGACAAGUCAGGUAAAGAGGGAGGAUUCAAAACGUUCUGCAAAAUGCUGCUAAAGAAAGUUCCCCAGAUCCAUCUUUGGGCGGCAAGUUGUUACAACAGACAUGUGCCAAAUGGAUGGGGAGAACAAGGAUUUAACAGACCCCUCCGUUCUCCUCCAGUCGUACGAAGAGAGGUGCAGAAGGACAGGGCGUUCACCCGUGACCGAAGUGUCAAAGAGUACGGUAACCGCGGUGUACCCGAGUUUACAGAUGGUCCGGCUGUGAAGAGAAUUUCCCACAAGAAACAUUCUUGUAGACCUGCAAUAAAUUGUGUCGAGUGCGGUGAUAUGGUCGUCUCUUUCCUUCAGAAUGAUCUCCGUGUUGGCGUCCCUGUGUUUACAGAUAGUGAGGAAGCAGCAUCGUAUGAUCUAAUGUGGCGAGACGUGCUGGUGGUGUACAAGACAACAGUGAGUGACAAGCUUGGUAUUGUCAAAGCUAUGAGAAAAGCAAAAAUUCCACUGCGACUGCUGAUGGAUGACAUGGAAGAAAUGAAAGACAUGGUCACGGCAAAGGAUGACGUGGUGUGGGUUACACAUGAAGAUUUGAUUCGUGGGCUGGAGAGAAAAGUUGUCGUGUGUGUGGAGGUGUGUGAUAAUUGGUCAAAGAAAGCCAAAUUAGCUGGUUAUAAGAGACUUCACAGCCAAUCCCGCUGUACAGCACAGCUAGUUAUUGUUUGUAACUAGCUGUAGCAUCAACUAAGACUUCACAGCUGGUCAGCGGCUGCAUCUCUUGUAGGUAGAUGGCACGACGAUUUGUCGACUCUGAUAUUGUCUAGUUAUUGUAGUCGAUAAUUUUGUGAAAUGUAUUCAAAGUUUUUAUUCAUAAUGUAUGACUUCUUCUUUCCCUUUAAUUAAAACUUACUCAAGUUUUCACCUGUAAAUGUAAAUGUAAUAUCAAAUGUCGUUUUGCAGUUGUGCUUAUUUUACGAUGAAAUUCUGUUAGAUGUGAUUUGGCAGUCCCAACAUUCCCUUUUUUUUUUUUACUGAGGUUAGAUUGACGAUAAUAAGGCCAUUGUCUUUUAUAAUAACCUUGCCUGUCUCCAGAACUACAGGUCACCAUGAAAGCAAAAUUAUAGAUACGCUGUAGUUAGUUGAUAUAUAAAGUGGUUGUAAUUUUCUUAUCGACCUUACAUUAUAUAUGACAAUACCAGAAGGGUUAUUUUCUUAAAAAAACUUUUGGCACCUAAAUAUAUCAUGCAAUUAAAAAUUGUUGAACUAAGAGUCUGCAUUUUUAUCAGCAAAGUUCUCACUAAAGCGACUUUAUGGAGUAAAUGUUUCUGAAGGUAUUUCUCAAGAAUAAAAAUGAAACCUGAUAAUUACAUCCUUUGCUGUUUGCUUUUCUUUUCAAGUUACUAUUAUGUACUGAUGACACAUAUUGGUGCACAUUAUGUCAUAUGCUUACCAUGCAUUUAUUCAAGAACAUUUAACUUGAUAUAAACCUUAAUUAAUCUGUUACCAUACUUUUACCUUCUUAAAAAUGCUUGUCGCGCGCUCUAGUGGCAUGUUUUCUUUAUAAUACACACGAGGUUCUAGUCAAGAUUGUUGAAUAGAAGAAUGAGCAGUGUUACCCUUACAGCCAAUGAAAACCCAGUUGUAAAAAUCAUACUGGCUCAGCACCUUUGUGUAGCCCCAGUAAAAUUCUGAUGAUUAGAUUGUCUUCCGUGUCUGUGACAUUCAAGUACAGAUAAGGAGUAGCAGGAGAAGUUGACCAUUCAAGUCAAUAUAUGAGUGCAUAGAAAUAAAUGCCAGAGGAAACCAUCGAUGGUCAGCCCAAAAAGAAGUAAAUCAGAGCAGAGAUCUGAACCCUCGACACCUGAUUCUCAUCGUCUGAUUGACGGGCACCAGUCCAUCAACUGCUCCAUGUGGUGCAUCGUUCACUGUGUAUGUCUGUAUGAUUGGCUGAUUGUGAUGUUCAUUGUGCAUGUCUGUGUAAUAUUGUGAUGCCCUCCUCUGUUAUAGGUCAAGACUACCCACUGCCUUUUGAAGCUUGUAAAACACAUUGAACUCGCCUUCUUGUUGGGAAGUAAGAUAUAUAAAUGUGUGUGUGCGACGAUACACAGCAUCAAUCGGAACAGCAGAAACCUAGGCGGAUAUUAAAUUUUUUUAAAUUUUCGUUGGAAAAUUAUUUAAAGUUAUUGCUCUUAAUAAGGGCGGGGUGGGGUUAGGUUGUAUUUCCCGUUCACUGUAGACACAUUAUUAAAGUUUAAUUUGUUCAUGAAGGCUUGAGUGUAAACAGUCAAGCUAUUUACAGUGUCCAUUUAAGGGAGGACAUUGGAAGCCUUCGUGUUAAAGGAGGUAAGUAGCCGCAGGUGAUGGAGACAGCGUUUUAGGCAAUUAUGCACAACACAGGAUAUUAAGAUAAGCAAGAUAUGUCACCACAAAAGUUAUACAAUAUGAUGUAAGAUUUAUGAUUGGAUUUUAAUAUUUAUUAACGAUAUUACUCUACGCCAUAAUAAAUAAAACCACUUCAAAUAAUUCAAAACAACAGAAACAAAGGUUUUUAUAUUUGCUGUUAAUAGUGCAUUGUUUCCCUUAACAGCUUCCUCUUCCUAUUUGAAGUGAGCACCGUUUUGUGAAACAUUUCAGUUGUGUUUUCAUAUCGAAGAACACUGGCUUGGUCCUCUUAAGGGCAAUUGUUUUAUAGUAUUCCCUUUGUUUUGAUUGUUUAUUUUAAUCUAUCCCUUUCUUUAUGGUAGUGUUAGGGACGCAUGAUACUUGGUUUUUAGUG